CAGUGGUCAUGGAGGCGGCUGUGGCGAGUGUGGCCACGGGGGUCCUGAAGCCCGUCCUGGAGAAGCUGGCAGCUCUGCUCACCAAUGAGUACAAGCGUUUCAAAAGUGUGCGCAAAGAGAUCAAGUCCCUCACUCAUGAGCUUGCCGCCAUGGAGGCUUUUCUUGUCAGGAUGUCCGAGGACGAGGAUCCCAAUGAGCAGGAUAAAGUUUGGAUGAAUGAGGUGCGGGAGCUGUCCUAUGACCUGGAGGAUGCCAUCGACGACUUCAUGCAGAGCAUCGGAGACAAAGACGAAAAGCCAGAUGGCUUCAUUGAGAAGAUCAAGAGCUCGCUAGGGGAGUUGGGAAAGAUGAAGGCUCGUCGUCGGAUUGGCAAGGAGAUCCAAAAUCUGAAGAAACAAAUCAUGGAGGUGGGCGAUAGGAAUGAAAGGUACAAGACCCGUCAGGCCUUCUCCAACACCAGAAAUGCGACCGUUGACCCUAGAGCUCUUUCUAUGUUUAAGAACGCCUCAAGGCUUGUGGGAAUUGAUGAACCUAAGGAUGAGAUAAUCAAAUUGUUGACCGAAGGUGCGUCAACAGAUAAUCAACCGAAGUUGGUUUCCAUCGUAGGAACUGGAGGAAUGGGCAAGACCACUCUUGCAAACCAAGUGUAUAAAGACCUCAACAAGAAAUUCAAAUGCCGGGCCUUCUUAUCCGUGGCACGAAAUCCAGACAUGACCAAUAUCAUGAGAAUUAUUCAUAGUCAAGUUAUUGGUCGAUGUUUUGCUGACACCGAAGCAGGGAGCAUACAACAAGUCAUCAUCAAUAUCAACAGUUUCCUAGCAGGCAAAAGGUAUUGUUUCUAUUUUGUGCCUACUUGUCGUCCUACAGUAUAUACUGUAAGAUUAGGGAAACCACACAUUGUGGUGCCUUGUAUUGAUCAAUAUAUAUAG